AUGGGGCGAAAGCAGGACAAGGAGGAAACCUACGGGAACCCAGCCAAAUAUGAUCCCUCCUUCCGAGGUCCCAUCAAAAACAGGAGCUGCACAGAUGUCAUUUGCUGUGUCCUCUUCCUGGUCUUCAUUUUGGGUUACAUCGUGGUGGGGAUCGUGGCCUGGGUGUAUGGAGACCCCCGGCAAGUCCUCUACCCCAGGAACUCCACUGGAGCCUACUGUGGCAUAGGGGCAAACAAAGAGAAACCCUACCUCCUAUACUUCAACAUCUUCAACUGUAUCCUGGAUGCCAACAUCAUCACGGCUGCCACCCAGGGUCUCCAUUGCUCCACGCCCCAGGUGUGUGUGUCAUCCUGCCCGGAGCGCCUGUGGGUCGCACAAGAGAACCAAGACUCGCAGACGGUGGGGGAUGCCUUCUAUGCCAAAAACUGGAGCUUCUGCCUCCCGGGGGUCCCCGCGGAUAUGCUUCUGCAAGACAGCCUGCAACAGGAACUAUGUCCACGCUUCCUCUUACCCUCCUCUGCAGCCCUGGGCCGUUGCUUUCCAUGGUCUAACAGUAGCACCGCAGAAAUACCAGGCAUCAGCAACAACAACAUCUCUCAGGGCAUCAGUGGGCUCCUAAACGGCCUCAAUGCCCGAGACAUCAGCGUGAAGAUCUUUGAAGACUUCGCCCACUCCUGGCAUUGGAUUCUCGUUGCCCUGGCAGUGGCCCUGGUCCUGAGCCUGUUGUUUAUCCUGCUUCUGCGCCUGGUGGCCGGGCCGCUGGUGCUGCUGCUGAUCCUCGGGGUGCUAGGUGUGCUGGCAUAUGGCAUCUACCACUGCUGGCAGGAGUACCGGGUGCUGCGGGACAAGGGUGCCUCCAUCUCCCAGCUGGGCUUCACCACCAACCUCAGUGCCUACAAGAGUGUGCAGGAGACGUGGCUGGCUGCCUUGAUAGUGCUGGCCGUGCUGGAAGGCAUCCUGCUGCUGAUGCUCAUCUUCCUACGACAGCGGAUUCGCAUCGCCAUCGCCCUCCUGAACGAGGCCAGCAAGGCUGUGGCACAGAUGCUGUUGACCAUGUUCUACCCAUUGGUCACCUUUGUCCUCCUGCUCAUCUGCAUUGCCUACUGGGCUAUGACAGCUCUAUACCUGGCCACAUCAGGGCAACCCCAGUACAUCUACUGGGCUCCCAAUGCCAGCGCACCCGGCUGUGAGGAAGUGCCAAUUAACAAAACGUGUGACCCCAUGGCCCAGACCAACUACUCGUGCCUGGGUCUCAAGUGCGUCUUCCAGAGCUACUCCACCACAGGCCUCGUGCAACGUUCAAUAUUCAACCUGCAAAUCUACGGGGUCCUGGGGCUCUUCUGGACCAUUAACUGGGUGCUGGCCCUGGGCCAGUGUGUGCUGGCCGGGGCCUUCGCCUCCUUCUACUGGGCCUUCCACAAGCCCCGAGACAUCCCCACCUUCCCCCUGGCCUCUUCCUUCAUCCGCACCCUUCGUUACCACACCGGGUCUCUGGCAUUUGGAUCUCUCAUCCUGACCCUCGUGCAGAUAGCCCGGAUCAUCCUGGAGUACAUUGACCACAAGCUGAGAGGAGCUCAGAACCCUGUAGCCCGCUGCAUCAUGUGCUGCUUCAAGUGCUGCCUGUGGUGUCUGGAAAAGUUCAUCAAGUUCCUAAACCGCAAUGCGUACAUCAUGAUCGCCAUCUAUGGAAAGAAUUUCUGUGUCUCAGCCAAGAACGCCUUCCUGCUGCUCAUGCGGAAUGUACUCAGGGUGGUGGUCCUGGAUAAAGUCACCGACCUGCUGCUCUUCUUUGGGAAGCUGCUGGUGGUCGGAGGUGUUGGUGUCCUGUCCUUCUUUUUCUUCUCCGGACGAAUCCACGGACUGGGUAGCAACUUUGAGAACCCCAAACUCAACUAUUACUGGCUGCCCAUCAUGACCUCCAUCGUAGGGGCUUACGUCAUCGCCAGCGGCUUCUUCGGUGUCUUCGGCAUGUGUGUGGACACUCUCUUCCUCUGUUUUUUGGAGGACCUGGAGCGGAACGACGGCUCCCAAGACCGGCCCUAUUACAUGUCCAAAUCCCUCAUGAAGAUUCUGGGCAAGAAAAACAAGGCGUCUCCGGAGGCCAAGAAGAGGAAGAAGUGAGAGCCGGCCCUGACGCACGACUGCACCCCACCUGUGCCCACGCUCAGCCGCACUUCGCGUUGCAGCCCUCGGUUUUGUAGUACCAAGAUUUUAUUAAAGAUGCAUAUUUUGUUUUC